AUGAUAUUACUGAACCCAGGUAUUUUGAAAGGACCAAAAACUUUGCUCGUCUCUCCUUUUGCCAAGUAUUUUUGUAAAAGGAACGGUAUCGUUCGCCACAUUUCUAAUGAAACCUCAAUAUUACGUACAGACUCAAGUGCAUCCCAACAAAAGAAGAUAGAUACGACACCUUUAAAGCUGUCCAAUGAAUUAUAUGCCAUUUUCAGGAUCCAUAACAGACCUUACGUAGUGACAAAGGGCGAUAAAGUAAUAUUGCCUUUCAAAAUGAAGCAAGCUGACGUAGGAGACACGUUACACCUGACUGAUGUGAUAACACUUGGCUCGCGAAAUUACAAAAUGGUUGAAUACCCAAUUGAUCGUUCAUUAUAUACCUUAACUGCUACUGUGUUGGAGAAAACCAAACGGAAAUUUCAUAUAAGAGAAGUGACGAAACGAAGAAAUAGAAGAGUCCGUCACGCCAAGAGCAAAGGAGAUUUAACUGUAAUUAGAAUCAGUGAAUUGAAAGUACAUUAA